AUGAAUUUAAUAUCCUUUUGCGCCUGUGUCGCAAGUUUCGCCACGUUUGCAGUGGCUAACUACGAAUCGCCCUUCCACUUGAAGGCUCGUCAGCUGCUGGGGUCAUCGUUUGGAAUUCCUGGCGAUAAUGCUACGUUCGACUACAUUGUGGUUGGGGGUGGAAAUGCCGGUCUUGCGAUUGCAGCCCGGCUAGCAGAAAAGCGGAGUGUGAACGUGGCAGUCAUCGAGGCAGGCAGUUUCUAUGAGAUCUCCAAUGGAAACCUCAGCGAAGUACCAGCAUAUGACGGUGUCUUUGAUAGUAAAGGAAAGAAUGACUGGCAACCCCUUGUUGACUGGGGAUUCAUGACGACUCCUCAAGAGCAUGCCUAUGGGGCUGAAUUGCAUUAUCCUCGUGGAAAAUGCUUAGGCGGCUCUUCGGCAAGAAACUAUAUGGUCUAUCAGCGCGGCACCAUUUCGUCAUAUCAGCAGUGGGCUGAUGAAGUUGGGGAUCAAAGCUAUGCAUUGGACCAACUACUGCCCUUCUUCGAAAAUAGCCUUCACUUCACACCGCCAAAUAUGCAGCUACGCUUCAAAAACUCGACUCCAAAGUAUGAUGCCGCCGUCAUGGGCAAUGGCAAGGGUCCAUUAUCGGUUACAUUUCCGAAUUACGCACAAGCCUUUGGGUCCUGGGUGACUGAGGGCCUCCUCGCCAUCGGGAUCCCGAUUAUUAAUGGUUUCCAGAGUGGUUCACUACUUGGCCAGUCGUACUCCAUGUUUACCAUCAACGCUACGACUAUGACCAGGGAGUCGUCUGAGACCUCAUUCCUGCGAAAAGCACUAAAAUAUCCCAAUUAUACAGUGUAUCAAUCGACGAUGGCGAAGAAAAUCCUCUUUGGAACAAAUAAAACUGCUACGGGAGUCUUACUCGAUACCCAAGGUAUAAGAUAUACUCUGCUAGCAAAGAAAGAGGUCAUAGUCUCAGCAGGUGUAUUUGGUUCACCACAGCUUCUCAUGGUAUCUGGUAUAGGACCGGCUGCGAUUUUACGUCGACUCGGGAUUGAGGUGAUCGCUGAUCGCCCAGGUGUUGGUCAGAAUAUGCAAGAUCAUGUAUAUUUCGGUCCAUCGUAUAGAGUGAAUGCACAGACAAUGUCUGCGCUCCAGGACCCCAAUUUCGCUGCAGAAGCAGCUCAAAAAUUCAACAAGCUAGCUGUUGGGAUGUACACAAAUCCCACCACCGAUGUCAUUGGGUGGGAGAAAGUCCCUGAGCCACUUCGGAGCACUGUAUCUACUAAGACUCUACGCACCUUGGACCGUUACCCUGCUGACUGGCCCGAACUUGAAUAUCUCAGCAUUAGUGCCUACCUUGGCUACCAAUCUCAGUCGCGUGGUAGUGAUCCUAAUGACGGGUUUAACUAUGCCACGCUGGCUGCCGCGAUUUGUAUGCCUCGCUCGCGAGGGAACCUCACAAUUACAGCAGCAGAUAAUUCAGUACACCCGCAGAUCAACCCUAACUACUUCAGCGACCAAGCAGACAUUGAGGUUGCUAUUGCUGGCUAUAAACGGUUGCGUCAAUUUUGGAGUUCUUCCAUAUUGAAACCGUUCCGCGUUGAAAGUAGCGAGGCGUUCCCAGGCCUGAAUGUAUCGACUGAUGCACAAAUUGAAGACAUCAUAAAGAAAUCCUUUAACACCAUAUAUCAUGCGGCUUGCACUUGCGCUAUGGGACGUCGGAAUAACACCAUGGCUGUCGUUGAUACCCAAGGCAAGGUCUAUGGUGUGAGUAGCCUCAGAAUUGUUGAUGCUUCCAUCUUUCCAUUCCUACCACCCGGUCAUCCAAUGGCAACAGUUUAUGCUGUUGCGGAGAAGAUUGCAGCAGAUAUUUUGCGUAAUGACAGCUAG